CCGGAAGUGGUCCCUGGCUCGCAGCGGGUGCUGGAGCUAAGGCCCAGUUGCACCCGGAAGCGGUGGCUAGUCCCGGGGUCGAGUCCCGUGGGGUUCGGGCAUCCAGCUCCGCCAUGACCAACGAGCUGGACAUCUUCGUGGGGAACACGACCCUCAUUGACGAGGAUGUAUACCGGCUCUGGCUGGACGGAUACUCGGUGAGCGAUGCCGUGGGGCUGCGGGUGCGCUCGGGCAUCCUGGAGCAGACGGGGGCCACGGCGGGAGUGCUGCAGAGCGAUACCAUGGACCACUACCGCACCUUCCACAUGCUCGAGCGCCUGCUGCAUACACCGCCUAAGCUGCUGCACCAGCUCGUCUUCCAGAUCCCGCCGUCCCGGCAGGCCCUGCUCAUCGAGAGGUACUACGCCUUUGAUGAAGCCUUUGUCCGGGAGGUGCUGGGGAAGAAGUUGUCCAAGGGCACCAAGAAGGACUUAGAUGACAUCAGCGCCAAGACUGGAGUGACUCUCAAGAGCUGCCGGAGACAGUUUGACAACUUCAAGAGAGUCUUCAAGGUGGUGGAGGAAAUGCGGGGCUCCCUGGCCGGCAAUAUCCAGCAGCAUUUCCUCCUCUCUGACCGGCUGGCCAGGGACUAUGCUGCUGUCGUCUUUUUCGCCAACAACCGCUUUGAGACAGGGAAGAAGAAGCUGCAAUAUUUGACUUUUGGGGACUUGGCCUUCUGUGCAGAGUUGAUGAUUCAGAACUGGACGCCUGGUGCUGUGGACUCUCAGGUCGAUGACACCGACGUAGACCUGGACAAGGAAUUUCUCCAGGACCUGAAGGAGCUAAAGGUGCUGGUGGCCGACAAGGACCUCCUUGAUCUGCACAAAAGCUUGGUGUGCACUGCUCUCCGAGGGAAACUCAGCGUCCUUCCAGAGGCAGAAGCCAACUUCAAGAACCUGUCUCGAGGGUUGGUCAACAUCGCCUCCAAGCUAACCCACACCAAGGAUGUGCGUGACCUGUUUGUGGACCUCGUGGAGAAGUUUAUAGAGCCGUGCCGCUCCGACCGGUGGCCGCUGAAUGACGUCCGGCUCUUCCUGAACCAGUAUUCAGCUUCUGUCCACUCCCUGGAUGGCUUUCGGCACCAGGCCCUUUGGGAUCGCUACAUGACCACUCUUCGAAGCUGCCUCUUGCGCAUGUAUCACGACUGAGGGCCCGGGGCUCCACCUCUAGGCCCAGGACACCUGCUCUGCAGUUCCUCACCUGGGCCCUGCCUACUCUGUGGAUGGGAGGAAGGGGAAACUGAACUUGGGCCCAGAGAGGGCAGCUCAGCCCCCUGACACACCAACUCAUCAUUUCCACUGUGGGCAGGCGGGAGCCCAGGCCCUGGGAGGGGAGCUUAACUCGACCUGGGGGCAGGUAUCCCAGGCCUGAGGUCCCCUGGUACAGCCCCUCCUGCCCUGUGGAUUGGGGUGGGGCAGUGGGGAACCAGGCCCCAGGAAGGGCAGCUCAGCCAGACCCCAGCGGCUCACUAGCUAGCCCUGGGCCCUGUGGGCCAAAGCCCCGCUUUGUGCUGAUAAUAAAUGGGCAGACCUAGGGCUGAGCCCUGACCUUGGAGA